UUCUCAAUCUCAUUCAAUUCAAAUUAUUCAAAUUCAAUAGUAAUUUGAACUUCGACUACGACUGUAUGAAAUAAUUUCUAUUAUUUUUAUUUAUUUAUUAUUGUUGCAUUGUCGGAAUUAUUGCCGUGUUGUGUUGCCGCUCUGAAGUGUUUGUUUUUGUGAUUGAAUUGUGUUUGUGCUCGUCUUCCAUUUCGCUAAUAGAAUUUUGAAGAUUUUUCUUCUCUUUUGUAUUUUUCGCGUAAUGUAAAUUAUAUUUUCUUCAUCGUCGAAAAGUAUAUUCAGAUACCUGUCACAAUGUCGGAUGAUUCCCUCCAAAAUGGUACGGAGAACGGAAACGUUCCAGAAAUAGAAUUAAUUAUUAAGGCUUCCACUAUCGACGGAAGACGGAAAGGAGCAUGCUUAUUUUGCCAAGAAUAUUUUAUGGACUUAUAUUUAUUGGCCGAAUUGAAAACGAUUAGCUUGAAAGUGACCACAGUUGAUAUGCAAAAACCACCGCCAGAUUUCAGGACAAAUUUCGAAGCGACGCCACCUCCUAUUUUAAUCGAUAACGGAUUAGCGGUGCUGGAGAAUGAAAAAAUUGAACGACACAUCAUGAAGAGUAUACCCGGUGGUCAUAAUUUAUUUGUUCAAGAUAAAGAAGUCGCUUCGCUUAUUGAAAAUUUAUACAGUAAAUUGAAAUUGUUGCUGUUGAAGAAAGACGAUACUAGCGUGAAUAGCUUGUUGUCGCACUUACGUAAAAUUAACGACCAUCUUGGCAAAACUGGUACACGGUUUUUAACCGGCGACACAAUGUGUUGCUUCGAUUGCGAAUUGAUGCCACGUUUGCAACAUAUUAGAGUAGCAGGAAAAUAUUUCUUGAAUUUUGAAAUACCCACAGAAUUCACCCAUCUUUGGCGGUACAUGCUUCAUAUGUAUCAAUUAGAUGCUUUUACACAAAGCUGUCCAGCUGAUCAAGACAUCAUAAAUCAUUAUAAAUUACAACAAGGUAUGAAAAUGAAAAAGCACGAAGAACUCGAGACACCCACAUUCACUACUUCGAUUCCAGUAGACAUUUCUACCGAAGAUUAAACACCUUUGACAAGUCGAGCUUAAAACGAGAAUAUUUGUUCUUAAAUUAUACUUGUUACCAUAGUCGCAUUUCAAAAAAAAAAAAAAAAAAUGAUGUUGUAUCUGUAUCAAUACGCAGCUUUCAAGAUCAUAUUGUUAAAUCUAACCAUAUACAUAGAAAUGGUGUAUGUAUGACUUCGAGCUUUUUAAAAAAAAAAUCAAUUUCAAUUAUGGCGAGAAAUUGUCAAUUAUGUAUAUUUUCGAUUAAUUUAAAUCGAUUAUUUUAGUAAUUUAUUAUUAUAAUUAUUAUUUUAUUUCUUCUUCUUUUUUCUUUUUUAAAGAUAAUUAUAGCUGCACUUUUUCUUUGUUUCUUUUACAAAACUUUUUUUUCGCAAUUUACGCGCAAUUUUUUUUAUGAAUUGAUAGGUGGACUACAUUUUUUUUUGACGCGAAAUUGUGGCUGUACUUUUUUAAGAAUUAGAAUUUCGUCUGAUAUUUCCUAUGUAUUUUCAAGACGAUUAUUUCAUGUCUGUUGAGACGUUAAUAUACAAAUCACCACGGAUAUAAAGUAGACAUUUUACUAUUAGUUUUAGUAGAUUAAUGUUUAACACUGAAAAUGGUAUAACAUAGAAAAAUAAAUAUAUUUUUAUUGCAUUGUGUA